AUGGCAAUCCCGAAGGAAGAGCCACAGGAUGUUAUCCUCCCUCCACCGUCCACCAAAACUACUGCAACAAAAAAACCUGACGAAAAGGGACGAAAAGAUGCGCUGAAGGCUAUAACCGCUCACCGCCGCGUGUCCGCCUGGCAGAUCCAUCGCUGGCCGCUGGAAAAGCGCAUUCUCUCUGAGCGCGUACGAGUUCAUCUUCCGCGCACAUAUCUUGCGCAAGAGGGAGAGGAUGUCAGGGUUCUGCGAGCAGGGCAAGACUUGAACCAGUUUGUAUUUCGCCAUUAUUCUGAGGAAGUGACGGAGGAGCAGAAGAAGGAGAGGACGAACUUCGUGACACCAGACGGCAUUGUUGCCCGGAGGCACGAAUACCUUGGGCCGGACCCACGCGUGGCCGGAUAUCGUGUUGAUAAUGACGGUGACAUAUAUAUCAAAUGGUGGGACGGAUUCUUGCAGGACCAGUGGAUUGGAAAGCAAAAGUGGAAGUUUGGCGUGAAACUGAAUGUAGACGGGAAAUGGAUUGAAAUGGACGACUGA